GUUUCAUAUUUUGGCCUCGUCCUCUCUCUCACAAGCGACCAAACUUCCACGACCAAUAUGUCUGAAUCUCCCACCAUCAAUGACUCUCCGCCUUCCCCGGCGAUCGCCGGAGACUCGCAAACCACCGCGGCUAACGAAUCGGAUCCCAAUGCGAAAUGUCAAACAGCGAUACAAUCCUUAUCCUCCAUCGUCACAACCACAACCAUCCCUUCCACAAUCUCCCUCCUCCUCGGCGACUCCUCCGUCUCCGCCGCGAUCUCAUCUCUCCUCCUCCGCCCCGACUCAGGCGCAGGCGACAACAACCUCUGCCGCUGGCUCUACGACACCUUCCAAUCCACGGAACCUUCCCUCCACCUCCUCGUCCUCCGUUUCGUCCCCUUGAUCGCCGGCCUCUACCUCUCCCGCGUCCUUCUCCGCCAACCGCAAGCUGGAUUCGAAGCCGUCUUACUCGCUCUCUACGCGCACGAGACAACCUCACGCGCCGGACAGGCCGUAACCGUCAACAUCCCCGAUCUCUCCCACCCCAGCAUCUACCACGAGUCCAAAGGCCCCGCGAAGAACAACUCCACGUGUCUCAACAUCGCCGUCGUCUCCUCGACGCUUGAUCCACACGGUACGGUGAGAUCCACGCGCAGGGCGAGGAUCGUUGGCGUCGCGCUGGAGCUUUACUACAGCGAGAUAUCGAGGAUGCCACGUCAGUCCAAGCUCGAUUUCUGCGGGGCUUGCGAGAAGUGGGCUGGAGGAAACGGAGAGACACGAGCUGGGGUGGUCCCUGAGGAAGAAGAGAGUGUAGCAGUCGCGAGAUCUGAGAAAGACGGUGGACGGAUUCCUCUGCCGUGGGAGCUUGUGCAGCCGAUGAUGAGGAUCUUGGGGCAUUGCUUGAUGGGGAUGAAGGUGGAAGAUAAGGAAGUGAAGGAGGCGGCGAGUAAAGCUUGUCAGAGUUUGUAUCUUCGGUCUCUGCAUGAUAUUAACCCUAAGGCGAUUCUGGCUGCUGGGAGUCUUCUCCGGUUAAGGGAGAUUGCUCUUGAUCCCAAGAACCAGAUUGAUCACACUGAGAUAUCAAACGACAACGUUUUGUCUGUCUGACCUCAUUGUUUUUGCUUUAAUUUUUUGGGUCAACGCUUUCUCUUUUUUAUCUUAAAGAUAACCACUUUGAUUUGUCAACUUAAACCAUGUAUGUAAAGGCCACGUUCUCGCGGAAAUGUUCGAUUUUGC